CCGCAUCUUCAUUUCACAACUUCAAAUUCCAAAACCAUCUUUUUCAUCUUUCACAUUCUUUCAUUUUCACUCACACUCCCUCCAACUUCAAUAACUAUGAAGAAAGUUGUGUUGAAGGUGGAUGUACAUGAAGACAAAAUCAAGCAAAAAGCAAUGAAGGCUGUCUCUGGAAUUUCAGGUGUGGAGUCAGUUUCUGUGGACAUGAAAGACAAGAAAUUAACCUUAACGGGGGACAUUGAUCCAGUACAAGUAGUUGCCAAGCUAAGGAAGUUCUGUCACACAGAAAUAGUUUCUGUUGGAGCAGUGAAAGAGGAAAAAAAGGAAGAACCUAAAAAGGAUGAUAAAAAGAAGGAAGAUGAAAAGAAAGAUUCCACAAAAGAAAUUGUUCCAGAUCCACUCAAGUUCUAUCAAACUUACGGCUAUUAUUAUCAGAUGAAACCACAGUACAAUCCAUAUUACAGUGCCAUAAGUGUGGAAGAAGAUCCCAAUGGUUGUGUUAUUGUCUAAUUUUGUUGUUACGAUGGACUAAAAAAUGAAUACAAAACAAACAAAAAUAUUGUAUUUCUCAUCUCCGUAUCUUCUAAUUAAUUAAAUUUAAAUAAAUAAAUAAAUAUACUGAUCAACAUAAAAGAAAGUGAAAGUCUUUAUAAGAGAAAGUUUUGUAACACUAGAGUUAUUUGGUUAAUUUGGAACCAACAUAGUUGGCUAUCUUUUGUGUGUGGUAGAGUGUGGACUUUGUACAGGAAUCCAAUGAAUAAUUAUACACUCUUUUAA